AUGGCCAUGAUUAUCUCGGUGUUUGCCUUAAUUAUUGCCUACUUCCAUUAUUUUGCUAUUGCGCUUGCACCAUUAUUGGUGCUAUUCAUUUUCGCAUCCGGAUAUUAUCGAGCAUCGGCACGAGAAAUGAAGCGUUUCGAAUCAGUCUUCCGAUCAAAUCUAUUUGCCAAAUUCAGUGAAGGGCUCUCUGGAACAGCUACUAUUAAAGCAUAUGGACUACAAGAUCGAUUCAUCCAUGAUCUGAGGAAAGCUAUUGAUGAGAUGAAUUCUGCUUAUUUCCUUACAUUCUCUAACCAGCGCUGGCUGUCAACCCGGCUUGAUGUUAUCGGUAAUCUACUCGUAUUCGUGACUGGAAUUCUAGUUAUCACUUCUAGAUUCUCCGUCGGGCCAUCAACUGCAGGAUUGGUAUUGUCUUACAUUCUGUCUAUUGUUCAAAUGAUUCAGUUUACCGUCCGCCAAUUAGCGGAAGUGGAGAAUGGAAUGAAUGCUACGGAGCGUCUCCAUUAUUACGGUACGUCUCUAGAAGAGGAGGCGCCACUUCAUACGAUAGAAGUUCGCCCGUCAUGGCCAGAAAGUGGCGAGAUUGUUUUCAACAAUGUUGAAAUGAAAUACAGGGAAAACCUUCCACUGGUUUUGUCCGGCCUAUCGAUGCACAUCAAGGGUGGCGAGCGUAUUGGAGUGGUUGGUCGUACAGGUGCUGGAAAAUCUAGUAUCAUGUCCACCCUCUUCCGCCUUGUUGAAAUCUCUAGUGGUUCGAUCAUUGUGGAUGGUGUAGAUAUCAGCAAGAUUGGACUUCAUGACCUUCGAUCUCGUCUUGCUAUCAUCCCGCAAGAUCCCACCCUAUUCAAGGGAACCAUCAGAAGCAAUCUUGAUCCGUUCAAUGAACACACUGAUUUGGAACUUUGGUCCGCGUUACGACAAUCUGACCUUGUGGCAUCAGACUCGAAUCUCAACGAUGAGGUCACAGGACGUAUACAUCUCGAUUCUAUAGUCGAAGAUGAAGGGUUAAAUUACUCGCUAGGCCAAAGACAACUUAUGGCUCUUGCUCGCGCUCUUGUCCGUGGCUCGCAAAUCAUUGUUUGUGACGAAGCUACCAGCUCCGUUGAUAUGGAAACUGAUGAGAAGAUUCAAAGAACUAUUCAAGAAGGGUUCAGAGGCAAGACGCUUUUAUGUAUUGCUCAUAGACUCAAGACUAUCAUCGGGUAUGAUCGCAUUUGCGUCAUGGAUAAGGGUACAAUUGCAGAGUUAGAUGAGCCGAUCAGGUUAUGGGAGCAGGGAGGGAUUUUCAGAGCUAUGUGUGAUAGAAGUGGUAUUCGAAGAGAGGACUUUGCUAGAGCAGCGGUUCCGACCGCGACGAAACAGGAUUGA